AUGCCUAGUUAUGUGAAGUUCAUGAAGGAUAUACUGUCUAAGAAGAGGAGAAUGGAAUAUUAUGAGACAGUAGCCUUGACUGAAGAAUGCAGUGCCAUAUUACAGCGAAAGCUUCCUCAAAAGUUAAGGGAUCCAUGGAGCUUUACAAUACCUUCCACCAUUGGUAAUUUUCAGUGUGAAAGAGCGUUAUCUGAUUUGGGUGAAAGUAUUAAUCUGAUGCUACUCUCUGUAUUUCUAAGAUUGGGACUAGGAGAAGCUCGCCCCACCAUAGUCACACUUCAAUUGGCAGAAAGAUUAGUCAAGCAUUCUCGAUGUAUUAUUGAAGAUGUUCUUGUGCAGGUGGAAAAAUUUAUCUUCCCUGGAGAUUUUAUAGUACUUGACAUGGAGGAAGAUGAGGGUGUUCCUAUUAUCUUAGGGAGGCCAUUUUUAGCCAUUGGGCAAGCAUUGAUAGAUGUACAGAAGGGGGAGUUGAAAUUAAGGGUUCAAGAUGAAGAAUGUUCAAAGGGGAAGCCUACAAAAAAUCCUCUUGAGUUGAGUCUGAUAUCGAUCCCAGAAGAAUGUGAUUGCAUUGAGGCCAUUGAGUAUGUGAAAUGGUUGAAAGCAGUUGGGCAGAUUUACAAGAAAAAGUACGAGGAGUUGGGUCAAGGGCCUGAGCGACCACUUCCAUCCAUAGAGAAGCCACCAACUUUAGAGAUGAAGUCUCUACCUAAGCACCUCCGCUACAUUUAUUUGGGUGAGAAAGAGACAUUGUCUGUCAUUAUUUUUUAUUCUUUAUCUACUAUGGAAGAAGAUAAAUUACUCAGAGUAUUAAGGUCUCAUAAGUUAGCCAUUGGAUGGACCUAG